GUGAAUGCUUUGUUUGUUUUUUUGACUCCUAUAAACUUCUGGAAUCGGAAAGAGGCGUGCGGUGCGUGCCACCUCUUGCUAUUAUUUGGUUGACUGAUCGAUUGGUCGGGAGCAAGCGCUCCCUCGUCCGCUCAUCGUCCCUCCGGAUCGCCAUGGACCUGGCCAACGGGCGACACGGCGCCCCGAAUGGCGGUGUCGCCGCCGGCGCGGAGGAGACGGUGGUGAGGAGGAGGAAGCAGAUGGAGCUGGUGCGGGAGGCCAUCCACGGCCUCCUGGACGAGAGGAGGAGGGACUGCCAGGGGGAAGAGAAGGGCUUGGCGGCCAGGCAGCAGCUGCAGGAGGAGGAAGAAGGCCUCCUCUCCUCGUUGCUCACCAAGCUCGAUGCACUGGAAGGAGAUCCAGAUUCGGGCAUUUCUGAACCACGCUCCCUGCACCCUAAUCACCAGCCACGGAAAGGCGAGAGCAGCGACGAGGAGGUGGGGCUCGCCGACGUCGCCAAGGACCUGAACAAGAUAAAGAGGCAGAACACGGUCACCCACCUCCUUCUCGGCGCCGUCAUCGUCCUGACCGCCGUGUGGCAGGUCAACGAGGUGUCGUUCCUGCUCUGGGUGCAGCGCAAGCUGAGCAACCCGUUCAAGUCCCUGGGGGACAUGAUCAAGAGCUCCCUAACGCUCAAGGGGAGGAAGCCGAUGAUCGAGUCGUCGCCGCUGCCUCCGGUCGGCGUCCCCGACAUCAGCCGGGCCGAUCUCCCGAUGCUCGUCAUCGGCAGCACUGAGGACAUGGACAGGUGAACAGUGAACUAGCUGUGUGGUAAUGCUAGGAGAAACAGGGAUAGCAUCCGUUUGUUGUGAUUGGAGUUUCAUUUGUUUGUUUUUCAGUUUGUCUAAUCAUCAAAGUUGGAAUUUAGCAGUACUACAAGAAUGUCAAUAGAACGUGCUUUUUUUUUGUUAGUUUGCUAACUAGUUUCAUUAGUGUUCUUGAAUAGCGCACCUGGAUUGAUUCUUGAACUGAAACUUGACCCCUUCU